AUGCCUUGCCUCAAGACCUGCCUUGCCGCGGCUGCCCUCGCCUGCGUCGCCAGCGCCGACACCAUCAAGGUUACCGCCACGAGUGGCAACACCUUCAACCCCGACGCCGUCAAGGCCGAGGUGGGCGACACCAUCGAGUUCCACUUCCAGGCCCGCAACCACAGCGUCGUCUCCGGCGUCUUUGAGAACCCUUGCUCGCCCAUGCAGCUCGGCAGCGGCUUCUACUCGGGCUUCAUGCCUGCUACUGGCGGCGAGGCUAGCAAGGUCUUCCGCAUCAAGGUCAACAGCCUGGAGCCCGUGCCAUUUUACUCCUCUCAAGGAGACGAGUGCCCCAAGGGCAUGGUUGGCAUCAUCAACCCCAAUGGCAACAAGAACCUGGACACGUACAGGAAUCAGGCCAGGGCCCUGUCCCGGUCGGUGACGCCCGGCAGCUCCCCGUACGGCGGCGAGCUGGACGACAAUGACGACCCGAGGGUCCCGAGGAAUCCGGACGGCACCGUCAAGGCUGCCGCCGGAGCCCUCUCCGUGCCAAUGAUGAGCCUGGCUGCUGCCGUGGGUCUGGCCGCCCUGAUGGUAUGA